ACAAACGUGCAGGGGGGUUAGGGCGUGAGGAGGGCAGUAACGGGUGAUCACAGCUAAGCGGGGGAUCUUGUUAUUCGUAUUUUCAAGUAUUUUACGUUGGAUGUCAACGUUAUUUUGAAAUCAACAACUGUGGAACUGACAGCUGACAGCCAUGGAGUCCAAUGCAGACGAAAAUUCGCCACCGAGAUCUGAUCUCGUAGCGAAGACAAGACGUCAAUCAACCUUACUGGAUUCUCCCAGCCGUGUUACCCGCAGUCAAGUUAGACGUCUCUCUAGUGCGCCUGUGGAGCCACCGAUGUCUCCCAAGCCAGCUGUCAACAGGAGACGUUCUGCCAGGGUUUCUGAGAGUAUCAGUGAUGUAGCUUCCCAAGACGACGUUUCUUCCAUCCAAGAUGAAGCAGAAACUGGCAAGCCAAUCCAACGUGCUCGCAGGUCUACCAGAAGGUCAUUCGCUGAUACUACUGAAACUGCUCUGUCGCAGAGGAGCACCCUUUCAAGUAUUGAGGAGGAUACUAAACCAGUGACUCGGCGUACUAGAGCCUCACUGAAACCGGUAGAGGAAACUGAUUCAGAACUUGUCCUCCCACCAACUCGUCGAACUCGUCGAAGCUCAAUCAGUAGUGUGACAUCAGUUUCCACCAUAGCUUCUAAUGCUCAAUCACCUCAAAGGCGAACUCGAGCUUCCCGUAGGAAUUUGUCACCAGUUCCAUCCCCGACUUUCUCUGAAGCUAGUGUAAUUUCUGAAUUACCGGAAGGGUCACCAAAUAUCAAGAAAACCAACUCUCCUGCAGCAAGUGAUUUAAAUACCUCAUCUAAAAGCAUAACACCAUUGUCUUCAAAUGUUUCUCCAGCAAUGCCUUUGUCUGGGAAAACACCAAAUUCUGCUGAGGUCAAACGAUCUAGUUCUAAGGACAAAAGUCCCAUGGUUAAGUUAUCUGACAUCUCUUUUACUACACCCAGACAGCUAAACCUAGAUGAUUCAGGUUCUGCAAGCAAGAAGAGAGCUUCCCUUACAAAUGAGGAGAUUGAGAUAAUUGAUGUAAAUGAGGAGUCUGAUAAUAGUUCAAUUCAAAAAUCCCGCCGAUCUCAAGGUAGGCUUUCUUUGACUUCAAGGAAAUCCACACCUUCAAAACCUGCCCAAUUUAUUGAGUCACCUCUGCAGAAGCCUUCAGAUGAAAUAAUGACUGUUGAUUUAGAUUCACAAUCUCAGUCUGUGGAUGGCAAGCCACUCCGUGUCAGUGUUGGCUCUCAAAAUGCCAACACUGAAAGGCCACGCAGGAACUCUGGUAGGCUGUCAUUGUCUAAGUUUGUGGAAACGCCCCUAAGUAACUCAGAUGCAAAUGAAAGUGAAAAACUGAAUGAAUCUUCUCCCGAAGAUGUUGACUCCUCUACUAAUGUAAGUUCAAGAAAAUUAGAGCUUGACAAGUCUCUGAAUUCCAGUAAAAGACUAUCACUGUCAAAGUUUGUUGAAAAUGCACUUGAAGAGACUGGUAAGAAAGGACUGGUUGAAAGUGAGACAACCUCUGCAGAAAUUAAUGAGAUACUUUCUGAGGACAAUGUUAACAGUUUAGAAGACCACCUGAACAAGUCAAAGACUGAAUUGGAAAAAUCACGACGAAGUUCUACUGGAAAUAAGUUUAUUGAGACCCCUUUUAAAAACUCUCCAACCAAGCAAACUGAAGAUGUUGAUCAGGGGAAGUCUGGGAGACAAUCUAUUUCAAGAGCUUCUCUAUCUUCAGUAAAGUCCCCAGAACUGGAAAAAUCUCAAAGAAAAUCUGCUAAUAGGUUUUCACUGGCUUCUAACAUUACUAGUGACACCAACCCUGAAGAUGAUCAUGAGACUCAAGCUGACCACUCAAGUAGGAAAUCUACUGGUAGAUUGUCUUUAUCUUCAAUCAAGUCUCCAGAGUCCCAAAGGAAUUCAAUGGGCCGGCUCUCUCUUAACUCUCAAAAAUCAUUAAUUAUUGACCUUGAUCGUGAUAAUGAUGAGAUUCAACCUGAAAAAUCAAGCAGGAAAUCCAGUGGAAGAGAUUCUGUAUCACCUGUAAAGUCCCCAGAACUAGGAAAUUCUAAGAGAUUGUCUGUUGGACGGUUUUCUCUUACAUCUUUGAAGAACACAGAUCCUGAUAGUGCAGAUGAUGUUCAACUUGAAAAAUCCAGUAGGAAAUCUAUUGGAAGAGAUUCUUUAUCUCCAUCCAAGUCACCAGAACUUGAAAAGUCCAGCAGAAAAUCAGUUGGAAGGGAUUCUACAUCACCAGUGAAGUCUCCAGAAGUGGAAAAAUCUCAGAGGAUGUCUGUUGGGGGUCUAUCACUCUUGUCUAAUAAGUCGGUGAGUAACAUUGAUCCUGACAAUGCAGACAAUAAGUCUGACAAAUUAAGCAGAAAAUCAAUUGGAAGGGAUUCAGUAUCACCAGUCAAGUCCCCAGAACUGGAAAAGUCUCAAAGAAAGUCUAUUGGUUCUGAAAAGUCAUCUAAUAUCAUUAAUCCUGAUACUGAAAAUGAGGACCAAGGUGAAAAGUCAAGUAGGAAGUCAACUGGUAGUACCUCUGCAUCUCCCUUAAAAUCUCCAGAGCUGGAUAAAUCUCAAAGAAGUUCUCUUGGAAGAUUAUCAUUGACUUCAAACAAAUCAUCGCCUAUCAGGCUGGAUAAUAGCCCACAUCUAACUCCUAGAGAUGUAGCUAAUUUGAGAAGUUAUUUUGCAUCCUCUACUCCUACUGCCUGUCUAAAAGAACAAUCACCAGUGAAAGAAGUAAGUUUGCUCGAAAAAUCCAAGGUGUCAAACCAGUCCCUGAGCAGAUCAUCUGGAAGACUUUCUUUGACACCAAGCAAAUCUGUUCCUCCAACCAAAUCUAACGUGAUGUCAUCCGAUCGAUUUUCUGAUCAGGUAGAUGAUGAUGGUGAUGAUGAUUCCGAGGAUGUUGAUUCAGAGGAUGUCGAAAGUCAUGAAAGUGACUCCAAUCCCAGAAGUAUUGGCACUUCAGCCUCAACAUCACAUAGAGCUUCUACAGGAAACACUCUUUCCGAGCAAACCUUUGAGUCAGAAGGCAUGGGAAAAUCCAGAGUAUCUACAGGAUCCCUUCCACACAAAAGUCCUUUGAAGUCAGGUGUGUUGAAUAGUGAAGUGGAAGAGUCAUUAUCAAUUUCUCACAGCAACAAUAUUUCAAAAGGAAGUUCACAUGCUGAUAACUCAUCAUCAUUUAAUGACAAAACAAAAAUUGGAAUGUCUGAGGAUCUGAAUGUCUCUCCCAUCAAACAAGAUCAAGCGAAACUGAAAAACUUAACUUUGACUCCCUCAUCUUCAGAAAAUUCAUUUAAUAAGUCACACUGUUCUCCAAAUCAUGCAUUUGAGAAAUCGACAGUUUUUAAUGAGCAAGAUGUGUCAUUUGGUUCUCAUACUGGAACAAAUGUGGAAAGUGAGCAUUCAUUGUCAACAAGUCGCCCAUCUUCUCAAAUGAAUGUGUCACAUCACAUUGAGAACUUGACAAAUGACACUUCUAUCAAAAGUUUAGAGAGAAAAUCCCCUUUCAAAAAAUCCACUGAGGUCUUGGCUCCAAGUGAUACUGAAGAUAACAUUGAUAAGCCAUCCAAAUUUAAGGCUUCUAUUUCAAGUAAAGUCUACAAAGAUGCUGCAUUUUUGCUUAGUGGAGGAAGUGUCUCAGAUUUUGAUGACCAAGAAGACGAUGAUGCUGACAAGUGGCAGCAAUUCUCUUCCCCUGCCACUAAAUCCAAAAGGGAAAAACGGCUUGAAAAGAAAGCCAAGAAGAAAAUUGAGAAGGAAGAAAGAAGGAAGGCAAAGCUGGAACGCAUGAAGCAAGUAGAGGCCAAUGAGGAUGAUUCAGAUGGGUCAGAUGUGAUAGAAGGAGAAUCUAAUCUUAAAUCUGUCACCCAAACUUUGUCGCCAGGAUUGAAAGUUACAACUUCCAAUUGUCAAGCAUCUGAUGAUGAAGUUAUCGAAGUCAUUCAUAGUGACAAAACAAGUAGGAAACGAAAAGUUGGAUCCACAGAUUUUAAUACCAGUAAAAUCACAGACCAAAACUUUGAAGUUCUGGGUGCUUCAAGUGAGUUGGUUAAUAGUGUCAAUAAACGAAAGAGUCUGCCUGAUUCUGAUAAUAGCAUCUCAAAUAAGAAAAUGAGUGUGAAUCUUCUUCAGAGUGAUGUGCCUACCUCAAUGAUUUCUACCAAUGACAAUAUUGCAACUCUCCUUGACGAUUUUGUUGAUAUCGCCUCUGAAGAAUCUGCGGAUUGUGUUGAGCUAGUUCGCUCUGAUCCUGCUGAGACAUUAAAGAAAAAAAAGAAAAAGAAGUUAGUUCAAGUUAAUACUAAUCAUGACAUAGCAUCAGGUGAACAAAAGAUAAAGAAGACAAAGAAGAAUAAACUUAAACAGCUUGCCACCAAUGUGGAAAAUGAAUCAGUGGAAUCUGACAAACCAUUAAAAAGGAAGAGGAAAAACAAGGAUCAAAGCAACAUAGAAAAUGAAUCAGAGGCUCAAAUGCAUGAAAUUAAAAAGGCAAAGAAAAAAGCCAGAGCAGCUACAGUAGAAGAGGGGUCUGAACAACCUUUGAAAAAGAAGAAAAAAGUUACAGAAAAAGCUGAACCUACAGAUGCCAUGAAACUAAAGAAGAAAAAGAAAAAUGACAAAGAACAAGCAAGCACUGAAGCUGAGUCUGAAGACACUGUAAAACUAGUUAAGAAGAAGAAGAAAAAGGCUAAGCUGUCAGUCAUGGAGAAUCAGGUCCAUGCAUUGGAAGAACUUCAUGAAAUCAGGGGGAAAAAAACAAAGAAAAAUAUUGCUGUUGACAAAAACACUGAAGAUAACUCGGGAGUUGCUAAACCUCAAAAGAAAUUAAAGAAGAAAUCACAUGGAUCCUUUGACCCAAGUCCAUUAGAUGUCAAUGAUGGGACAUCUGCCAAAAUACUCAAAAAGAAGAAAAAAAAUAAUGCAGCUUUGGUUGAGCCUACAAAUGGUAAUGGUUCUGAUUCUGAUGAUGCACCCACCUCUGUCUCAUUUGCUGCUGGAAAAGAAUCUGCACUUGCAGAAUUAUCUGCGGCUGCUGAAAGUAUUAAAAAACAAAAGGAAUUGAAAAAGCAGAAACUCAAAAUCAAGCAGGAAAGGAUGAGAGAGGAAAAGCUUGCUAAGCUGGAAAAGCUAAAAAAGAAGCAGAAACGGAAAGCCAAACACCUUGAGGGUCGAGAAGUAAAUUCCUCAACAGGCAUAUCAGUGGAUGGAUCAUCUUACAAAAUUUAUUUUGAUGGGGAGAAUAAUGCUAGCACAUCUAAGUUGCCCAAGCGCUUGCCGGAAGAGUUCUUAGAAUCUCUCAGUGAACAGCCCCCUACCAAACUUGUGAGACGCGCUGAUGGUUCAAAGGAGAGAGUGGCUGCUGCAGCAGUGUCAAAAGAAGAACAAGAGUAUCUUGAAAGGAAGAAAGCUAAAAAAUUGGCCCGUAAGAUGGAAAAGCAGAGAAUGCUUCAGGCAGAUUAUGUACCUUUAGAAGGUGUCCUUGGAUCAACUAGAUUUGGGGUUGUCCCUUUGAGGAACAUCAUGCUAGCCAAGAAAUUAGAAAAGAACAAGCUUGCUGAAGAGGCCGCGAAUUUCCGUCAACAGAGUUUGUUUGGAAAUCGAAUUCGACGAACACCGAUAUCAUCCGUACUUUCCCACAAAGAGAAACUAAAAGCUUCAGGCAAAGAUCAGCUUGUAAAAUCCAAGUAAUUUUAAUGCCUAUCAUGAUAUUGCGAGCUGUGAUUAACUGUAGUGCCAUUUCACCAUAGAGGAAAUUAGUCCUCUACUGUUGUUCUGCAGUUUUUUCCCCCCUAUUGUACUUUGAAUGGUUUAUCAUUCUAUUGUGGUUUUAAUUAUCAACAACUUUGUGGACUUUCCCAAACCCCUAUUUUAAUUAAAUGUUGAAUUCUUUGACUUAGUUUUUAAAGGGCGGUAUUAAACGUUAUUUUUCUACUGGCAUGUUUGACAUAACUUAUAAGGACUGGAUUGUAAUUUAGAGUAGUGUUAUUUAAUUAAGUGUUUCUAAACAAUAAACCUUUGAAAGCAAUUUA